UGCGCCUCAGGCCACCCGGCGGUGCUUUACGGCCGGCGGCGCUUUACGGCAGCGCCCCGGUCGUGGCUGGUGGUGGUGGCGGCGGCGGCGUCGCUUUGCGGCCGAAUCUCGAUGAGUUUUUACGACGCUUUCCGCGGCUUCUUCGGCUUCCCGGGGCGCGGCAGGCCCCGGGACCCGUUAUUCGGUGCACCGUGGGAUGACGACGAGGAUGAGGAUGAGGAUGAAACCGGGCUCAGCCCCGGUUCGCGUCCACACGAUGAUUUCGGCUUCGGCUUCGGCUUCAGCCCCGGCGGCGUCUUGGAGGAGCUGCUGCGGGACAUGGGCGACCUGCUGGGGCAGCGGGGCUGGGGGGGGGCAGCACGGCCCGGUUUGAUCCCGGUUCUCCCCGCUGAGCCCCCCCCCCUGCCCGGCACCGGGUCGGGGCGGCCGCUCCGGGACUCGAUGCUGAAGGAGCCCGAAGGUUCGGCCCGGUCAUGGGAGCCGCUACCGACGCUGGAGGAGCCCCCCCCACCCGCACCGGGACAGAAGGAGGACGGCGACCUGGACUCACAGGUGUCAUCGGCCGGGCUGGGCACCAUCCUGCGGCCGCAGCAGCCUCGAUCCUACUUCCAGAGCGUGUCCGUCACCACAGUGACGCUCCCUGAUGGAGCAGUGGAGGAGCGCCGCACGGUGCAGGACAGCCAGGGCCACCGUGAGACCACCAUCACCCGGCGCAGGGGGGACCAGGCCUUCAUCACCACCACCAAAGAGGACGGGCAGAGCAAGGACUACAGGGAAGAGGUGCUCAACAUGGAUGACAGGGAGCUGGCACAGUUUGCAGGCACGUGGCCGCAGCACGAUGAGCUCCUCACCCCUCCCCGCAGCGAUUCCUCGUCCCUGCUGGGCACUUUCUUCCGUCGCUGGUUUUCUGGCUGGUAGAUGCGUGAGGAACAUGGGGUGGGGGCUGCCCCCCAUGUAUGGGGGGGUUCAUGGCAGCCCCCUGCCCCUGCUCUGUGAAUAUGGGGCUGGUCCUGCUGGGAUGGGGGCUGUAUCCCACCCCCCUCUGUAUUGUGGGGGUGAGGUGUAUGUCUGUGUACAGAGAAAUAAAGUCUAUUUAUGCUAA